CGCCGGUCCCCCUGGCCGAUCCCCUCCCCUGAGCAAGAUGAACGACGCGAGUGCGUGGGAGAAGCGGCAGGCCAAGGGCAAGGAGGCAGUGGAGCGCAUGGUGGGCGAGAUGAUGGACGUCUAUGUGAAGCGCCUGCGGCAGAGGCGCCCCGUUUACCCCAAGUUUGAUGCGGAAAUGCAGCGGUUUGGCGAGUCGUUUGCUUACAAGCCAACCCCGGACCAGGAACAGGCGUUUCUAGACGUGGAGAGGGACAUGUGUGAGAGGGACAUGUGUGAGAGGGACAUGUGUGAGAGGGAGACCCCCAUGGACCGCCUCGUGUGUGGCGAUGCUGCGUUUCUAGACGUGGAGAGGGACAUGUGUGAGAGGGAGACCCCCAUGGACCGCCUUGUGUGUGGUGAUGUGGGCUUCGGCAAGACAGAGGUGGCGGUACGGGCCAUCUUCAGAGCAGUUCUCGACAAGAGACAGGCUAUGGUACUGGCCCCAACCACAGUGCUGGCCAAGCAGCACUACAAGGCUAUGGUACUGGCCCCAACCACAGUGCUGGCCAAGCAGCACUACAAGGUCAUAUCUGCGCGCCUCAAGGACUAUGGCGUUCGUGUGGCUCUUCUCUCACGAUUCCAGAAGGAGAGUGAGAAGGAGGAGGUGCUGGCGGGGAUAAGGGACGGCACACUAUAUGUGGUGACAGACACUCACCUGUACUCCCAUCUCUCACUUUCUAUCCUCCUUUCCCUGAAUGCGACACAUCGUGUCAUAUCACAGAAGGAGAGUGAGAAGAAGGAGGUGCUAGCAGGGAUACGGGACGGCACACAAGACGUGGUGGCAGGCACGCACUCCUUGCUGGGGGCGCAGGUGGUCUACCACAACCUGGGACUGCUCGUCAUUGAUGAGGAGCAGCGCUUUGGAGUGAGGCAGAAAGAGCGGAUCAGCAGCCUCAAGACCAGCGUGGACGUGUUGACUCUCUCGGCCACCCCCAUCCCCCGCACACUCUACAUGUCCAUGCACGGAUUCAGAGACGCGAGUCGCAUCACCACCCCUCCCCCUGAGCGACAGCCCAUCGACACACACCUCUUGGAGUUCGAUUUGGAAAAUGUGAAGAGAGCGAUCGGGGAGGAACUGGAGAGGGGUGGCCAGGUGUUCUAUGUGGUGCCAAGGGUUGAAGGCAUAGAGGAGAUUCAGAUGCUUCUGGAGGAGCUCUUCCCUUCUGCCCGCGUUGACGUGGCACACGGCAAGCUGCGCCCCACGGACCUUGAAGCAGUGAUGGAGCGGUUUGGAGAAGGGGAAGUAGACGUGCUGGUGUGCACAAGCAUCAUUGAGAGCGGGAUUGACAUUCGCACUGUCAACACGAUUGUUAUCGAGGAUACUCACCUGUUUGGACUCGCACAGAUCUACCAGCUGCGAGGCCGUGUGGGUCGAUCCAGCAGCUCAGCCCAUGCGUACCUCUUUCAUCCGCCACUGCACUGCCUAACACCUGAAGCGCAGUUCAUGCCCCAUGCCCCCUGCCCCCUGCCCCAUCCCCCCUGCCCCAUGCCCUCUGCCCCAUGCCCCCUGCCCCAUCCCCCCUGCCCCAUGCCCCAUGCCCCAUUGCCCAUGCCCCAUGCCUCAUGCCCCAUGCCUCAUGCCCCAUGCCUCAUGCCCCAUGCCUCAUGCCCCAUGCCCCAUUGCCCAUGCCCCAUGCCUCAUGCCCCAUGCCUCAUGCCCCAUGCCUCAUGCCCCAUGCCCCAUUGCCCAUGCCCCAUGCCUCAUGCCCCAUGCCUCAUGCCCCAUGCCUCAUGCCCCAUGCCCCAUUGCCCAUGCCCCAUGCCUCAUGCCCCAUGCCUCAUGCCCCAUGCCUCAUGCCCCAUGCCCCAUUGCCCAUGCCCCAUGCCUCAUGCCCCAUGCCUCAUGCCCCAUGCCUCAUGCCCCAUGCCCCAUUGCCCAUGCCCCAUGCCUCAUGCCCCAUGCCUCAUGCCCCAUGCCUCAUGCCCCAUGCCCCAUUGCCCAUGCCCCAUGCCUCAUGCCCCAUGCCUCAUGCCCCAUGCCUCAUGCCCAAUGCACCACUUCCCCAUGCCGCUUAUCACCUUGUCCCGUUGCCCCUUUCCGCUUGCCCCAUGCACACACCAGGAGCGGCUGAGGGACAUGGACAUUCGGGGCAUUGGGGACGUGGCGCUGCAGCAGCACAGCGGGCUGGGGGAGGGAUACCUGCUGGCGCAGAGGGACAUGGACAUCCGGGGCAUUGGGGACGUGUUUGGGGAGCGGCAGAGCGGGGAUGUGGGCGGCGUGGGGUAUUACCUGUUCAUGGAGAUGCUUCAUGAGACGCUGACACGGGUGGAACAGAAGAGCCUGCCACGAGUGCAAUUCAAGGAAGUACGGCUGGACCUGCCUCUCGCCCCGCUGCCCCCCAUCCCCGCAGCCUAUGUUUCCGAUGGCGCUGUGAGAGUGAGCUUGCCCAGGGAGGCCGAGGAGGCAGCAGCAGAGGGCAUGGCGCCACUCCUGGCGUUCAGCAGAGAGAUGCGCGCCGAGUAUGGGGACGAGCCUGCUGCUGUGGAGGUAAGUGUAGAGGAGAGCACCAGUAGGGAUCCCUGCCCCCCAUCCCAGCGUACUAUGUGCCGAUCCAGCAGUGAAAGGCAGCCAGCCCGCCAAAAGAAGCAGAGAGAGCAGCAGCAGAGGGCAUGGCGCCACUCCUGGCGUUCAGCAGAGAGAUGCGCGCCGAGUAUGGGGACGAGCCUGCUGCUGUGGAGGUAA